AUCCAGACAUUCACAAGUUCAGAGAGACAAUACUUCAAUCAUUCCAAUCAAUAUCUUACCUGGAGUGAGGCCAGGAACUAUUGCCAGGUCUGCUACAAGGACCUGGUGGCUCUGACCCCAUACAAUGUCCAGCUACUAAUCAAGAUGAUUGAUACAGAUCACUGGAUUGGUCUUCGCAGGAAAAUCCACGAAAACGUUACUGAAAAUAACGUCACCAGCGAUUACAUGGACAACAGUACCAUAGUACCAUACCAUAGCACAGUAGCUACUGUUACUGUUGACAGUAUAGUCAGCAGUAGCAGUGUAGUUAAUAGCACCAAUUCUACCUCUAACUAUACCAGUAGCACCAAUUCUACCUCUAACUAUACCCAAACUCCCUGUAAGUCUUGGUGCAAAUGGUCCAAUGGGGAACCCCUCAUCUUCCAGAACUGGCAUCCUGGUAUGCCAGUGUUUAAAUCUCGCCUUCCAGAAAUAAAAUGCUGCAGUUGCUCCUGCACGUGCCCAAAAUCAACAGCCAGAGUCACGACGAUGCCUGUCUCUCCCACAGCAUCACCCUCUAUACAGACCACUGUCAUGGAAUAUCUUUCUAAAACCACAGGUCAAAUGAAUUUAACCACAGACAAUGAAACAACCUCAGCCAAAAUAUACCAUGAUCCAUCGUCCCCAUCGCAAGCAUCUGAGACAACAGGAGCCAGGACAACCCUCACAGAGAGCACUGUGGGAGAAAGUACAACUCAAAUGGACAGUACCGAAACCACCAAUAAAGAGGAAACGACUACAGAAAGAGAAAAAAAAACAACUCAGCCUUCCAACCGAGAAAUACUGCUAAGUUGCACAACGAAAGAAAGCACGACUCUGGGACAAACCACCAGGGUGGAGGGAAUUAGCACUGCGGGAGAAAGUACAACUAGCAUGAAAAAUCUAAGACAAACCAUCACCCAGGAGGGAAUUAGCACUGCGGGAGAAAGUACGACUAGCAUUAACAAUCUGGGACAAGCUACCAGCCAAGAGGGAAUUAGCAAUGCAGGAGAAAGUACAACUGGCAUGGAAAAUCUCGUAUUAACCACAAACAAAGAGGGGAUUAGCACUGCAGAGGAUACCACGAAUGACAUGGAAAAUCUCUCAGUAACUACAACCCAAAAUGGACUUACCACUGCAGGAAAUAGCGAGAGUGAAGUAGAAACUCUAUUAUUAACCACCAACCAAGAAGGAUUUACACAAGUGGGGGAAAGUGAGAAGAAUUCCCCAAAUCUUCCAUUAUCUACAAACCCAGAGGGUUUUAGUACUGUAGGAGAUAGCACAAGUGACAUGGAAAAUUUCUCAGUAACUGCAACCCAAGAGGGUUUUAGCACUGUGGGAAAGAGUACAACUAGCAUAGAAGAUGUCUUAUUAACUACCAACCAAGAAGAAUUUAGCACUGAGGGGGAAAUGACGACUAAAACACAAAAUCAAUCUGUAAAUACAACUCAAGUGGGUUUUAGCACUGUCGGAGAUAGAGCCACUGACAUAGAAAGUGUUUCACUACCUACAGCACAAGAAGAAUUUAGCAAGGCAGGAGAUAGCACAACUGACAUGGAAAAUCUCUUACUAACCACCAACCAAGAAGGAUUUAGCACUGUUGGGGAAAGGACUACUGAAAUCAAAAAUCUCUCAGUAACUACAACCCAAGAAGGAAUUAGAACAGCAGGAGAUAUCACAACUGAUAACGAAAAUCUCUCAGUAACCCAAAAAGGAAGUAGCACUGCAAGAGACCGCACAACUGACCUGGAAAAUCUCUCAAUGACUACAAUCCAAGAAGCGUUCAGCACUUUUGGAGAUAGCACGACUCACUGGAAAGGUUGUGAGACCACCAACCAAGAAGCGUUUCUAACUUGUAAAGUAGUCGAAAGAACAACUGACAAUUGUUUAGAAACCACCACAGAUUCAGAAAGUACAACUGUUGUAGAAACAAUCUCUGUUACCACAAACCAAGAAAGCACAUUUCAAACAGAUACCCCUUUCACCACUGACAAAACAACUAGCAGGCCAAUCACUAGAGAUACAACUGGAAUGACAACAGAUACACAGGAACCAGUGACAUCACCACAGAGCCCAACAACUUUUGAGGCUUACGAGUCAUCUACAGGCUCCAUCUGGACAACCACACUGCCAUCAACAGAACCAACAUGUGAACAAUCUCCUGUGGAGACUGAAAUUCUCGCUGAGAUCAAUGAAAACUACAUUGAGGACUCUUGCGUGGUCAUGACCAGUUUUGGGCCUUGGGUUGAAAAGAGAUGCUUAGAGAUGCUUCCUUUUAUCUGUUAUGAAGACAGGUUUUUCGGCCAAGUCAAUGUGACAAAUGAAACUUCAGAGAGUGCCACUCUGACCUGGUUGCCUGGACCUGGUGACAUUAGUCAUUAUAUUGUUGAGGUCAAUGGUGUCGAACUGAAUGAAAAUGUGACAGGUUUGACCCUUGACCUCUUUAACCUCACAGCAGGCAGCCUCUACGACGUUAAGGUGUUUCCUGUUAAGUGUGACAGAUCCCUCAAUCCUCAGAAUGCCUCUUUCUAUACCAGGCCUUACAAAGUUAAUAAUCUAACAGUCGACAGAGUAACAGAAAAUUCUGUCUAUUUGAAGUGGAAAAUGACAGAUGGAAACGCCAGUUUCUACAUUGUAAAGACAAAUGAUCUGUCAGAAAAUGUGAGCACAACAAAUCUAGAGUUUAAAGGAUUGACGCCUGGGAGCUGUUACACAUUCUCCGUCACCUCUGGAGUUCAUGACCAAACCAAAGAGAGCGAAAAAACCUACGUUACAGGCUGCACAAAACCAGCCAAAGUGUCUAAUCUGAAAGUGACCAAUAUUACAGUCUCCUCGCUUAUUGUUAGCUGGGAAAUUCUAGAGGGAUAUUACACAGGUUUCGAUGUGAAUGUCUCCUACGCUACAAAUACAAUGUUUAUCAAUGUAAACCAAACUGAAGUGACACUAACAAAUCUGACGAGUGGGACUAAAAUCAACAUCAGUGUGUGGGCUCUCAGUAACAGCCUGAUGGGAAACAUUACAACCAUCAUCACUCACACAGCACCUGAAAAUGUCACAGAUAUUAUCUUGACUUCAGAAAAUAACCUCAUCAACGUUACAUGGAAAUAUCCUGGAGGCAGUAGUGUAACAUUCUUCAUUGAAGUUUGGAAAGAUGACGAAAAGUGUCAAACACAGAAAACUUUAGAGAUGAAUGUACAGAUUAAAGGUUUAAAGUCUUCAACCAAAUACAAAGUAGAAAUAUAUGCUGUCAGUGGAGAGAUUGAAGGGCCUAAACAGCCUGAAUACAUUUAUACAUUACCUACGCCUCCCACCGAUGUCAAAGUGGAAGAAAACACAGCAGACAGCCUCACCUUAAAGUGGGAAGCCCCGGACAAAAUAACAAAAGCUAGAUACAAAAUUCAUGUUACCAGUAUUUGGGAUGUGAAUGGCAGUAAUAUAGUACACAUCGAUGACACCACCAGCAUGAAAUUUACUAACCUUAAAUCAGGAACCAAUUAUUCUUUUGAAGUCUUCACCAUAGCCGGAAACAAUGAAAGUUUACCAGCAUCCUGCAGCGGAUCCACAGUUCCAGAUAAAAUGGAAAUCAGUCUGUCCAUGCUGUGCUCUUCAGCUGAGUCGCUCGCCUGUGCUAAUUACAAUGAAAAAGAUCUGGUUGAAAAGUUGGAAUACUUUCUGAAGAAUGGGACAAUAAACGACCAAGUCUUUUGGGAAUUUUAGAAACCAAAUAUUUGAUAAUGCAAAAAAACCCCAAAAGGGUUUGUUCACCUUUUGUUAAAAUAGAAGUUUUCUGCUUCUGGUCAAAAUGUUUUAAUAUCUGUAAUUCAAAAAUUAUUCUAUUUAUUUUUAUUGUGAUUUAAAGUUUCAGGUUCAUCUCUAGAUUAAAACACUUACUUAAAACAUGUAAAAAAAUAAAAUUUUAG